AGAGAAUUCCUCGAGCCGUCCUUUUCACUGCCCAGGACAAUGCCGGUGCAGGAUACAUCUCGGGGAAAUGGUUAUUCGUUGAUCUCGGGGGAGCAAUACCCCGAGCAAUGUCCUAUCCGAGGAUAUUCGCGCAGUGAUUCCGGCUUCAAAUACAAUUAAUUCCCUUUGUUUUUGUGAUCAGUGGUGUUCUUCUGUUCAAUUCUUCUUCUAGCAUCGACUGUUUAAAACACCCACUACAACGUUCUGCCUUCAUCACCAUGGGUUCUACAACUGCUUCUUCUUUUCCCCGCAUCAAGGAAGUGCGGACAUUUCUCAUCGAUGGAGUUGGAUCUGGCGGUGACUACCACAAUGUCAAAGGCGGCCAUUGGUUGAUCGACAGCAACAUUUCUACACCUAUGACGCGAUGGGCGCAAUACCGUGGCUCGAGAACUUCAUGGGGAAUCAACGUUUUGGGUUCCUUCUGUGUGGAACUGGAAGCCACUGAUGGAACUAAGGGCUUUGCGACAGGAUUCGGUGGCCCUCCGGCGUGCUGGCUGGUCCAGCAGCACUUUGAGCGGUUCUUGCUCGGCGCAGACCCCCGAGAUACAAAUGACCUCUUCGAAAAGAUGUAUCGCGCUUCCAUGUUCUACGGCCGGAAGGGUCUCCCGGUGGCAGUCAUCUCAGUAAUCGACCUAGCUAUCUGGGAUCUCUUGGGCAAGGUCCGUAACGAGCCGGUCUAUAAGCUCAUCGGAGGUGCUACUCGUUCGCGACUUGACUUUUACUGCACCGGCCCACAACCUGCAGCAGCCAGGGACAUGGGCUUCUCUGGAGCCAAGGUGGCUCUGCCUCAUGGUCCCGAUGAGGGAACAGAAGGACUGUUGAAGAAUGUUGACUACCUCCGCAAGCAACGAGAGAGUGUUGGUCCCAACUUCCCGCUGCGCGUAGACUGCUACAUGUCCUUGAAUGUGCCCUACACUAUUGAGCUCGUUAAGCGAUGCGAAAAAGAAGGUAUCGACAUUGACUGGUGGGAAGAAUGUCUCACUCCUGACGACUUUGACGGCCAUGCCCUGCUCAAGCGAGCCCAUCCCACAGUCAAGUUCACUACCGGCGAACACGAGUUCUCACGCUACGGCUUCCGGAAACUGGUCGAAGGCCGUAACCUUGACAUUCUCCAGCCCGAUGUCAUGUGGGUCGGUGGUAUGACUGAGCUUCUCAAGGUCUCUGCCCUUGCCGCCGCUUAUGACCUCCCUGUCGUUCCUCAUGCGUCAGGACCAUACUCGUACCACUUUGUGGUCUCCCAACCCAACACCCCAUUCCAAGAAUACCUGGCCAACUCGGCUGAUGGAAAGAGCGUCGAGCCUGUCUUUGGAAACCUCUUCUUGAACGAGCCCAUUCCCAGCAAGGGAUACCUUGAUGUCUCUAUCUUGGACAAGCCAGGAUUCGGUCUGGAGCUUAACCCCGCAGCACCUUUGAUUCCUGCUGCUUCGAUUCUUACUCCAGCACCUCAGAAGAGUCUUGCGGCCCCGACUGAUGAACAGAGCUCCAAUAGCACUGGUCAUUAGAUCUUGCAAUCUACCUUAACUACUAGGCGAUACUCUAGACUUUUUAUGGAUUGUAUCUACUAUGUCUUGGUAUUUCUUUCUUCUUUUAUUAGCCACAUUUGUAUGCUACGAAUAUAUACUUCCUAC